GACACCGACCCGCUCAUCUGCUGGAGCCCGAGCGGAACCAGCUUCCAUGUUUUUGAUCAGGGUCGGUUCUCUAAAGAAGUUCUACCAAAGUUCUUCAAACACAACAACAUGGCGAGCUUCAUCAGACAGCUCAACAUGUACGGGUUCCGUAAGGUGGUGCACAUCGAGCAGGGAGGUUUAGUGAAACCAGAGAAAGACGACACAGAGUUCCAACAUCCGUUCUUCAUCAGAGGACAAGAACACCUGCUGGAGAACAUCAAACGCAAAGUAACCAAC